CACCUUCCACGGUUAAGUCAGUCAGCAGUUCGAUCAGCUUGAAUUCUCUGGUGCCGUGGCCGCAAGCAUCACACCAUCGAUGAAGCAGCUCUAUCUGGCAGUGCUUGCUGCCACACUGCACCUUGUCCAGGGUCAGGGUUCGUGCGUCCCGGGCGUUACCUGCGAAACGUUCAACUGUACCACGGAUGCCCGGUGCCCAGCGGUGAACCCGCCGCAAGGUCCAGUGCUGCUGCCCCAUCCGAACUGUGCCAAGUUCUACAAGUGCUCCAAUGGGCAGGCGUGCGAAUACGACUGUCCGGCAAAUUUGCACUUCAACCAUGUUGAGCAGGCGUGCGAUUGGCCGGAACGGGCGUGCUGCGACAUGAACAUACCCUGCCUGCCGCAGGAUCCCUGCAUACCGGGCGUAACCUGUCCACCGACUGGACCGUCCGAUCCGCCCACCACUGUAACGCUACCGCCACCGACCGCACCCACACCUGCUCCACCAACCGCACCAACACCGGCUCCACCGACCGCACCAACACCGGCUCCACCGACCGCACCAACGCCGGCCCCACCAACCGCACCAACACCGGCACCGACUGGCUGCAUUCCGGACCCGCUAAGCUGCAACCCGUUCGAAGAUCCCAACAAUCCAACCUUGCUGCCGCACGAAUCCAACUGUGGUCAGUUUUACAAAUGCAACCUCGGCGAACGCUGUCUGCUGUCCUGCCCGCUCGGUCAACACUUUUGGCCGGCGGGAGGCGUGUGCGAACGGCCGGAGGUGGCUUGCUGUAAUCCGGCACUGUGUAACACGAGCCCCAGCCAGUGUGUGGAUGAUGUCCGCUGCCCUCUGAUCGAGGAUCCCAACUUCCCGACCACCUUCCCGUUCCCGGGCAACUGCUCCCGGUUCUACAAGUGUGAUCUUGGGAGGCGCUGCCCAGUAGACUGCUGGCCUGGCACCCAUUUCAGCGCCAGUACGGGACGUUGUGAGGCACCGGACGAGGCAUGCUGCGAUCCGGCCGUACCCUGCCGCGGAGCAACCGUUCGCAGCUGUGCGCCCGAUGCGCGUUGUCCGCUGAACGAUAAUCCGUUCGAUCCGACCGUCCUGAAGCACGCGGACUGUACCCGGUUCUACAAGUGCGAUAACGGGCAGGCCUGUGUGUUGGAGUGUCCGCGCGGGCAGCACUUUAGACAGGAUACGCCAACGACGGGAAGCUGCGACUGGCCGGAUCUGGCCUGCUGUGAUCCCAACAUUCCGUGCACGGGACCAAACCCCGGCGUUACGUGCCGUCCCGAUAGCCGCUGCCCGUUGUUCGACGACCCGAACAAUCCGUUGCUCCUACCGCACACCAGCUCCUGCGCUCGGUUCUACAAGUGUACGAAUGGGCUGGCAUGCGAUCUGCCCUGUCUGCAUGGACACUUCAGCCAGGCGUUGCAGCGCUGUGAACGACCCGAGGUCGCCUGCUGCGAUCCUGCCGUACCGUGUGAGAACACCACGCCUAUGCCUACGCCUGUACCAACGCCUGCUCCUACUCCCGCUCCUACACCUGCUCCUACACCAGCACCUACUCCUGCGCCGACUCCAGCUCCAACGCCAGCUCCAACGCCAGCUCCCACUCCUGCUCCCACUCCGUCCCCUGGUGAUCCUUGCAUUCCUGGAGUCACUUGUCCUCCAGGGGAUGCCGGUAACUGCGUCGUGGAUGCGAGAUGCCCGGCAUGGAAUGGACCUACCCCAACGCUUCUACCUCAUCCUUCAAACUGCGGCAUGUUCUACAAAUGUGACAAUGGACGAGCCUGUGAACACAACUGUCCAGCUGGAUUGCACUUCAAUCCUCUGAUCAGCGUGUGCGACUGGCCGCAUCAGGCUUGCUGUGACCCCACGAUACCAUGCAAUCCUCCCUGCAUCCCAGGUGUAACGUGCCCGCCUACUGGGCCUACGCCUGCCCCAACUCCUGCUCCAACGCCCGCUCCGACUCCAGCUCCAACGCCAGCUCCAACGCCCGCUCCAACUCCAGCUCCAACGCCAGCUCCAACGCCAGCACCUACCCCUGCUCCUACUCCAGCCCCAACUCCUGCCCCAACUCCUGCCCCUACUCCAACUCCCAGUGAUCCUUGCAUUCCUGGUGUGACCUGUCCACCAAAUGAUGCUGGUAAUUGUAUCCUAUACAAUAGAUGCCCGCCACGAAAUGGAGCUACUCCAACGCUUCUGCCUCAUCCUUCAAAUUGCGGAAUGUUCUAUAAGUGCAACAAUGGAUUUGCUUGUGAGCACGACUGUCCAGCUGGAUUGCACUUCAACCCAAGUCUCAGCGUGUGCGACUGGCCAAGCAGUGCCUGCUGUGAUCCAACGAUACCCUGUGAUCCUCCAUGCAUUCCGGGAGUUACCUGCCCACCAACCGGUCCUACUCCUGCACCAACUCCAGCUCCAACUCCGGCUCCAACCCCAGCUCCUACUCCUGCUCCUACUCCCGCUCCUACUCCCGCUCCUACUCCCGCUCCUACUCCCGCUCCUACUCCCGCUCCUACUCCAGCUCCAACUCCUGCUCCUACUCCCGCCCCAACUCCAACUCCCAGUGAUCCUUGCAUUCCCGGAGUCACUUGUCCACCGAGCGAUGCUGGUAACUGCGUCGUGGAUGGUAGAUGUCCUCCCAGAAAUGGAGUCACGCCCAAGCUGCUACCUCACUCAGCCUGCGACAUGUUCUACAAGUGUAACAAUGGAUUCGCCUGUGAGCACGACUGUCCAGCUGGAUUACACUUCAACCCAAGUCUCAGCGUAUGUGACUGGCCAAGCAGUGCGUGCUGUGAUCCAACGAUACCCUGCGAUCCUCCAUGCAUACCGGGAGUGACUUGCCCACCAACCGGCCCUACUCCUGCACCAACUCCAGCCCCUACUCCAGCACCAACCCCAGCUCCUACUCCAGCACCUACUCCUGCUCCUACUCCAGCUCCAACUCCCGCUCCUACACCAGCUCCUACUCCUGCACCGACUCCAGCUCCUACUCCAGCUCCUACUCCAGCUCCCACUCCUACACCCAGUGAUCCUUGCAUUCCCGGAGUCACUUGCCCACCGAGUGAUGCUGGUAACUGCGUCGUGGAUUCAAGAUGCCCGCCCAGAAAUGGAGUCACGCCCAAGUUGCUGCCUCACUCUGCCUGCGACAUGUUCUACAAGUGCAACAAUGGAUUCGCUUGUGAACAGAGUUGUCCCCCCGGACUACACUUCAAUGCCGAUCUCAGCGUGUGCGACUGGCCAAGCAGUGCGUGCUGUGACCCGACGAUACCCUGCAACCCUCCGUGCAUCCCUGGCCUAACAUGUCCACCGACCGGACCUACCCCAGCGCCAACCACCGCACAGCCGCCCAUCACUCUACCCCCACCGACAUUGCCCCCGCCCACUCUUCCUCCACCGACGCUUCCUCCACCCACGGUUGGGCCAACGCCUUCCGAGCCGUGCGUGCCGGGUGUAACGUGCGAACCGAGCAACUGUCACAAUGACAUGCGCUGCCCGGCCCAGGACGGUCUAACGCCGACGCUCUUUGCUCAUUCGGAAUGCCACAAGUUCUACAAGUGCUCCAACCGGAAGGCCUGCGAGCACUCCUGCCCGCCCGGGCUGCACUUUAAUGCGCGUGAGUUUGUGUGCGAUUGGUCGGAAAGCGCCUGCUGCGAUCCGACGAUACCCUGCAAUCCGCCCUGCAUUCCAGGCGUCACGUGCGCCCGAUCGGUGCGGCUUUACAAUUUGUAUAUAAAGCUGCCAGCUAUCAACACCCGGUCACAGUCACAGUUCGCCAUCGGCAGCUUUCCUUUUUGUUUGGUCCGAGAGCGCUACCUCCCACAUCUGCUCCACUGCACACGGAAAGUGUCCAGUUACUCCCCCCUCCCCAGGACACGCACACCAAUUUCGGCAAUGUAUCUGCCACUCGUGCUCGCUGUCACGCUGGCAGCGGCCCUGACCAACGGUCAGCAACCGUGCGACCCUACCGUCACCUGUCCCACGUUCAACUGCACCCCGCACCCGAACUGCCCGGCCAAGGAUCCGCUCCACCCGGUACAGCUACCGCACAGUGACUGCACCAAGUUCUACAAGUGUUCCGGCGGCAAUGCCUGCGAGCAGCUGUGCCCGGUCGGACUGCACUACAACGCGCGCGAACAGUCGUGCGACUGGCCGAACCGUGCCUGCUGCGACCCGAGCAUCGAGUGCGGUCUGCCGGACGUGCCGGCGAACGAUUGCGUGCCCAACCCGAACUGUCCGGCCUCGUCGAAGGACACGAUCCUGCUGCCGCACGUCAACUGUGCCAAGUUCUACAAGUGCUCCGGACCGUUCGCCUGCCCGAUGGACUGUCCGCCGCUGCUGCACUUCAACCCGAAGCAGAACGCUUGCGACUGGCCCGAGCGAGCCUGCUGCGAUCCGACCGUGCCGUGCGAUCCGUGCAUCCCCGGCGUGACCUGCCCCCCGGGACCUGGACCCGUUCCUACCCCUGCUCCUACUCCUGUCCCGACUCCGGCUCCUACUCCGGCCCCAACUCCGGCCCCCACUCCAGCUCCCACUCCAGCCCCGACUCCCGCCCCGACUCCCGCCCCAACUCCGGGACCUACGCCCGGUCCGACGCCAUCCGCGCCAGGAGAGUGUGAUCCAGGAGUCACCUGCCCGCUGAACUGUGUCCAGGAUAUGCGCUGCCCGCCGCGUGACGGUUCCAAGCCCAUUCUGCUGCCGGCCAGCGUCUGCACCAAGUUCUACAAGUGCCAGUCGGGCCGUGCCUGCGAGUUUGACUGCCCGUAUGGGCUGCACUUCAACGAGAAGUCGAUGGUGUGCGACUGGCCGCAUCAGGCCUGCUGCGAUCCGACGAUCGAGUGUGUACCGGCCUGUAUCCCUGGCGUCACCUGCCCUAAAAACACUUUCAAGAUGAGACAGUUUCUAGCGCUGGUACUAAGCGUGCUUGGAAUGACGCUGGUGGACGCUACUUGCAUCCUCGAUGCGCGCUGCCCACUGGUGGAGGAUGCGAAUAAACCAACCCAUCUGUCACACUCGGACUGCAAAAAGUUCUCCAUCUGCUCGUACGGCCAGGCCUGUGAAAAGUCCUGUCCGGAGGGUCAGCACUGGUCUACCGCUUUGCAGCGCUGCGAGUGGCCAAACGUCGCCUGCUGUGACCCAUCAGUCGCGUGCGCUCCCACCCUAGCCAACCCGACGGUGGUGCCCGAGGCCACCACGAUCGACACACCGGUGGCAUCAUUGUGCACUGCAGACGCACGAUGCCCGCUCUAUGAAGAUCAUAACAACCCAACACACCUGUCACACGAAAGCAACUGCGCUCAGUUCUACACCUGCUCGUACGGCCGACGCUGUCUGAAGCAAUGCCCCACAGGACUACACUUCAGCGUGCUGCUGCAGCGUUGCGAGCAUCCAUCCGUUGCCUGCUGCGAUCCUUCAACAGUCUGCCAAUCGUUGGCGACUACUUCGACGAUCCCGACCACUGCAGCCACCGUGGUCUGCCAACCCGAUGCAAGAUGUCCGCUCGUAGAGACCAAUCCGUUGGCACCGCUGCUACUCCCCGUACCGGGCAAUUGUGGCGCGUUCUACAAGUGUCGUACCGGAGACGCCUGUCUCUUAGCUUGUCCCGCUGGGCAACACUUUAGCCAGACGCUGCAGUUGUGCGAACGACCCAGCGUUGCGUGCUGCGAUCCAUCCGUACCAUGUUGAUCCGUUUCCGAAUGCUGCUAAGCCGGGUGUGCCGUGAAAUGCCCUUUAUGUUAUCAAGAUGUCUUUCUCAAACAGAUCGAAACACGCUGAUUACUGAAAGGAACAAUAAAGAUUUAGUACACUGCA